AUGUAUCAUCGAGGUAAUUCGAAGGAUGCAUACCUCAUGUCGCCGCCAACGGAUCCUGCUAUGAGGAUGUUGACCCCUCAACCCCCCUAUAGUAUGGACGUCAGGCGGAACUCGGAUGUGUCUGCGAUGUCGCUAUCGUUCACCACAUGCUCAUCGGACUACUCGACACCAGCGACCCCGAUGUACACUCAAAGUCCACUGGCUAAUCAAAGCCUCAACACGAGUACCUUCGAUAUGAGCCAAGUCCAUGGAAUGCCCAUGGAAUUCGAGCCGAACUCUACCAGUUUCGAUGAGCGCUUGACGAACUCUUGGGAGCUUCUCGAUAACACGAGCCAGAUGGACCACACUUCGUCUGCAACAUCUGAUUUUGCUUUCACUAAAUAUGCGUAUCAGAUGGAUUUGCAAAAACGUGAGUUCGUCAGACUGCAGAGUGCAGCCAUGGCAACGACUCAGCCUUGGUAUCCUACCAACCAGUAUACAAGCCUUGAUAGCCAUAUGGACAUGACCCCAAACAUGGCUAUGGAUAUAGACACCAGUACCCUUGACCUACAUCCCGCUAGCCCAAUGCAUGUCAUUUGGAAUGUGCCUAGUCAAUCGAUGAUAGCAAUGGACGGAUCCACCAUUGUACCUCAUGACUCCAUGCUCGAUGGAGACUACGUUCGUGUCGAUACGCCAAACUCAAUGGAUUCUUACGAUGACAUGGACGUGCCGCUUGAACAGCACAAUACAUUCAAGCAAGAGCCAUCGAGUCCAGUCGAUGUGAAGCCGGAAGACGAACUGUCCAACGAUGAAGGAAUGCUUCGACGGUCGAUCUGCGAAACCCGCACAGGUGGCAAGUCCGUCAAAGUGAAGAAGGAGCAACGAAAGAGUCGUGUGACAAAAGAAAAGGUGAAAGACAAAGGAAGAGAGAAGGAGAGGAGAGCCAAGUGCAAGUGCAAGUUUGGUGAACCCGUCUGGAAGUGGGAUGGGGAUCAUGUUGAGAGCGACUUUAGCUCGAUCUAUCGAGAUGAGAAAUCCCGAUGGCAUUCCACUAAGCAGCCUGGUCAGAAGUUCAUCUGUAAGAACCCCUUCGAGGAUGACGAGGAAGUGCCCGAAGGAUCAUCAUUUUGUGGUAAGCGAUUCGAGCGUACGGAGCACCAGAAGCGACACAAGAACACGCACAAGUCUGCCAAACCAUUCCCCUGUCUGCUUUGCCAUAGUGAGUUCAACCGAAACGACAAUCGCUGGGCCCACGGCUAUACCCAUGUUCGCGAGCGUGGCAAGGGAGAUGGUCGGAACAAAAAGUACUCAUUGCGACAAGUCAUAUCAGUUUUGCCUGACCCAAAGCACAUUGAGAUGCUUCUCAAGAGAUGGAAGAAGGAAGUCAAGAGCGACUACAUCCCAGAGGACGAGGAAGAUGACAGUCUGGAGUUUGUGGAGAGGAUGAAGGAGCGCAACCCAGGACAGGACUUCUCAUACGACGUCAACAUGGCAAUCUGGAAGAUCCGUUCCCACAGGUUGACCCACCCGGUGGACCCCACGCCCGUCUCUUAG